AUGAAGGUGCUGCCCGCCGUGCCGGAGCAAGACGUGCUCAAAGACCUCGCCAGGACACGCAGCGUGGAUGUGACAAUAACCAACUUCCUAGAAGGAAUAACUCCGUACACGCCGGAGACUCCGCCCCCGGCCGCCGUCCCCGCCGCAGCCCCCGAGCCGCGCCCCGGGCCCUCGCGGGAGCCCCCCAAGUACGUGGUGCCCCCCCCCACCGGCGUCUUCCCCAAGACAGCGCGCGAGAGGCAGCUCAGCUUCCAGGAGCGGAAGGUGCAGAUGAUAGCCGAAGCCAGGAACAAAUAUAUACAAAAACACGGAGUCGACCUCGCGGCGAACUCUUGAAUACUUCGCUAGUAAUUUUACGAUAAAUACGACGAGUCUGUUUGUCCACAGUUGACAGCAAUCAUUGAAUUUUAAUUAAAAUUGUGAUAAAUCA